GGGGAGGGCUGAGGGAAGGGGGACUGGGGUUCUGGGAGAGGGAAGGGGCUGCUUGGAAUCCUGAGACGCCGGCAAUGAACGGGGGAGGGGGUGCAGAGAUACGUGGGUCCCUGAGGGGGCACGUGGGCCAAGGCCCCCAGAUGGCCCUCUCUCCCCUCCUGUGUCCCCUUGAGCCUCUCUACCCUUUGUCCUCCCCACCCUCAGGCCCAUCCCUGCCAGCCCUCCUUAGCCAGCUCCCCAGCUCAGCCACAGUGAGAUACCGGGGACCCGGGAUACCUCCCUGGGGAGCCCCAGAGCCAUGUCUGGAGCAGAGCGGGCAGGGCCACCAAGCACGGGGAAAAGCUGCCCCAGCAACGUCCCCAGAAGAGCCCCCGGAAUCCCAGGCCCUUCGGGAGCUGCCCUGGCCCAUGGAGGCCAAACGCUAUCUAUGGAAGCGUCAAGGGGACAGGCCGACCAAGCAGGUGGUGGGCAUGAGAGGAUCCAAGGGGGCCCUGCUCCUGGGCCGAGCUUGGGCUCCUUUGGCUGGAAUCCCAAAGAUGCUAGAACCCUGGAGGACCACCCUGAUGAAGAUUGGGGGUGAGUGGGGCCCAGGGACAUCGGGGCCCCCUGCAGGGCCUGGACCGGGGCCCACUGACGUCCCCCUCUUCCCUCCAGGCCAGUACGGGGCAGGCACCGAGUCCUACUUCAGACUACUUCGCUUCCUGCUGGGCCUGAACAUUCUGGGGGCCUUGUUCCAAGGAGCUCUGACCCUGCUGCCUCUCUUCCUGUUGGGUCCCCUCCCCCAGCCCCCCUCUCCUGGGGUCUCUCAGCCUUGUGGCUCCUAUGACCCUCGGCCUGGGGGCCUGGUGGACUACCCCACCCUCCUCACCAACCUGCUCUCUGGAGAGGGUCACCUGGAGUGGUCCCCCCUCUUCUAUGGCUUCUACCCAGUGCAGCUGAGAGGUGGCACCUUCCAGCUGCCCCUCGCCUACCUGUUGUCCACAUUUGUGUCGGGCCUCCUGUGCCUUCUUCUGAUCCUCCGCAGGUGGGAUGGCGGGAGGGCUCUAUUUCCCAGGGCCCCUGGGCCCAGAAGCCCCUCCCACAAACCUCCGGCAGCUCUGAGCCCCGCUGACUCCACCCCCAGGUCGGUAUCAGGCCUCAAGCAGACCCUGCUCAGCGAAUCCGGGGCUCUCACCAGCUACAGCCACCGGAUCUUCUCCGCCUGGGACUUCAGGCUCCAGGGCGCCGGCCCGGCGGAGCUCCGCAGGCGAGCGCUCCGCUACGAGCUGCAGGUAACCGGGGGGACGGCAGAGAGAGCAGGACCAUGGACAGGGCCCACCAGCCGAGGGCGGGAGGAGCUCGGAACGGAGCUGAGAGCGCGCGGGGAGACAAACUCCCCGGGACUGGACCGGGCAGACUCACGGCGGUCUGUUCUCCCGCCUGGCCAGGUGGAACUGGAGGAGGCCGCAGCGAGGAAGAGCGCGGAGGCCCGGAGCCGGGGGCAGUGGGCUGCGCUGUGGGGGGCUCGGACCCUCCUUAACCUGCUUAUGCUGGCCUUGCUCGGGGCAGCCUUCUACGGGAUCUACUGGGCCACGGACCCCGACGGGAGGCUGCAGAACGACCGUGUGGUCCAGGAAGUCCCCAUUCUGAAGCUGCUGGUCGCCUAUCUGCCGUCCAUCUUCAUGUCCGGUGCUAACCUGAUCCUGCCGCCCGUCUUGGGCCUUCUCACCGGCCUCGAGGGCUACACUCGGAGCCGCCAGGUCCAGCUCAUCCUCCUCAGGACCGUGUUUCUCCGGCUGGCCUCGCUCGUGGUCCUGCUCGGGUCCCUCUGGAAGCAGAUCACCUGUGGGGGCAACCCCGAGGCUGAGGCCUGCGCCACCUGCGGCUACGCCUACAGGGAACUACCGUGUUGGGAGACUCGGCUAGGGCAGGAGAUGUACAAGCUGCUGCUGUUUGACCUGCUGACCUGCCUGGCCGUGCCUCUGCUGGUUCAGUUCCCACGCAAACUCCUGGGCAGUAUGUGUGGGGGUCCUCUGGGCCGGCUGUUGGGAACCCUGGAGUUCCAAGUCCCCGACGAAGUAUUGGGGCUGGUGUACGGCCAGACACUUGUCUGGGUUGGUGGCUUCUACUGCCCCCUCCUGGCGCUGCUCAAUACAGCCAAGUUCCUACUCCUCUUCUACCUAAAGAGGUUUACUCUCUUCACCUUCUUCUCACCGGCUUCUCGCACCUUCCGGGCCUCCACAGCGAACUUCUUCUUCCCACUGGUGCUGCUCCUGGGCUUGGCCCUGUCCGCUGUCCCUGUGCUCUAUGGCAUUUUCGUGAUCCCACCGUCCAAGCUGUGUGGCCCCUUCCAGGGUCAAGUAAACAUUUGGGCUUCAAUACCUAAUGCCAUCCAGGGCCUGUCUCAGGGGGUCCGAGAUUUUCUUUUCUCCCUGGGGACCCUCAGCUUCGCUGUCCCUCUGAUGCUGGCGUCCAGCAUUCUGAUGGUCUACACCUUAACGCUGGCCAGCUCCUACGGCCGCCUGGUCUCCACGCUGAAGGGACACAUCAAGAUGGAGAGCGAGAGUAAAGUGCUGUUGGCCAAGAGGAUUGUGGAGCUCGGCGGGAAGAACCACGACCUCCACUGACCCACAGCUGGGGACCCAUGGCGGCGGGUUCGGGGAUUCUGUCUAAUUCUCACUCGCCAGGAAUUUGUAAAGCAUGAAGACUACAAGUCCCAUGAAGCUUUGGAACAGGGCCGCGGAAACCUCUGGGAGACAGACUUGGGCAGGGAGGGGUGGGGCGCAAGGACCGCCCGAUUUGUAAGCCGCGGGCCCCCGUUAGGGACCCAGGUGUCUGAGUCCAGUCUGAACUCUCUCAAUAAAUGUAGCCUAGGCCACUGGGCGCCUCUA